GCAGUCCUCAUAUUUCAGAUUAUAUUAGAGUGACUGUUAGCUAUGCCAUUAUACCAUCACUGGCCACUGUUCACUUGGGAGCUAAGAUAUGCUUUACCACACACCUCACUGAAGAUCAUCCUGAUAGUAGUUGGGAGGCAGGUGGUAAAGGAGUCAUACAGUUCAAGGACGGCACUAGUGUAGCUAGAGCCGUUGGUACUGGUAGAGCUGUAGUCUAUCAUAAAGUGGAGGGAAUGGUGGAUACUCAUACUGAAAUAUCUGUUGCUACUGUUAAACGUGUGUUCAUCAAUGUUUCUUCUUCUCUACCAGUCUUCACUAAUGCUCAUCGGCUGGAAAACCUAGGGCAUUACCUGGUACCUGUUGAGUUCAAGGAUGAACAUAAUGACUCUGAUUUUACACUAUUACAAGCUAGCACUGACAAGAACUGUCUUAGUGAGAAUCAGCGAGUGAAGGAUUGUGUGGCUAACGGGGAAGAGAGAGGCAGUCCUGGUCUAUUGUACCUCCAACAAGUCUCUUUUGAUUGUAUUCUUGAGCUACGGAACGAAGGGAACCUCCUGCCCACGUCCAAUUACAUCAUAGCCCGCUCUUAUUUUGAUCCCCUCACAGGUUCCAGUGCCUGUCAGUUGCUUGAGGCACCAGGUGAUGCUGAGAGUUCUAAAUCCCUCUCUCUCAUGGCUGGCCUUCUCACUCAGUUUGAGGGUGAAGGCUAGAGACUUUGA